CGCAAUACAAUUGAUUUCCAUUUCCUUAAUAUUUAAACCAUGUUACCUUCUUGUUUGACAUCUUCCUCAAUUAUCACUCGGUAUUAUAAUAAUAUCAAUUAUAAAAUAUUUCUGUUAUCAAACGACGUUGGCCCCAGUGAACUGUUGACAUCACAUGUCAUAUUUAUUUGUCAUCUUUUUCUAAAUUACCCGAGGAAGAUAUUAUGUAGAACAAAUAUAACUUUGUUUAUAUAAACCUAUGGUGAAUUAUUUCUUCUGAACUGAGAUUAAUAAUAACAUUUCCCUUCUUUAUUGUUAGGAAUGUUUACAAGAUGGUUUUGUAUUCUAAUUAAAUCUGGACAAAUUUGCAGUAUCUUCAGAUAUUGACAAAGAUCACAGUGGAUGGAAAUAUAGUAAAAGUCAUAUUUCAGACGAAUAACAUAUAAAAAUGAAAAAAAGUACAUCAUCACGUUUUCUCAAGAGGAGAGAAAUUAUGGAAAAUGAAUUUUGUGAGAAAUUUAAAACAGAUUCUAAAAGUAUUGCUUUUCCUGUUGAUAUAAAGAAAGAGAAAAGAAAAGUAUCAUACCACUGUGAUAUCUGUAGUAAAUCGUUCUCUCAAAAAAGCAACCUUACCACUCACAAACGUAUUCAUACAGGAGAGAAACCAUAUCACUGUGAUAUCUGUGGGACAUCAUUCUCCCUAAAUCAUCACUUAAUAACUCACAUACGUAUUCAUACAGGGGAGAAACCAUAUUGCUGUGAUAUCUGUGGUAAAUCAUUCUCUCAAAACAGUAACCUCAUAAUCCACAAGCGUAUUCAUACAGGAGAAAAACCAUAUCAUUGUGAUAUCUGUGGCAAAUCAUUCUCUCAAAGUGGGUACUUAACUACUCAUAGACUCAUUCAUACUGGAGAAAAAACAUAUCAGUGUCACGUAUGUGACAAAUCAUUCUCUGGAAGUAAUAGCUUAGCUAUACACAUACGUAUUCAUACAGGAGAGCAACCAUAUCAGUGUGAUAUCUGUGGUAAGUCAUUCUCUCAAAAUGAACAAUUAAUUAAUCACAAACGUAUUCAUACAGGUGAGAAGCCAUACCACUGUGAUAUCUGUGGUAACUCAUUCUUUCAGGGAAAGUCUUUAAUUACACACAAACGUAUUCAUACAGGAGAGAAGCCAUAUCACUGUGAUAUCUGUGGUAAAUCAUUCUCUCGGGGAAAUGUUUUAACUAUUCACAAACGCAUUCACACAGGAGAGAAGCCAUAUCGCUGUGAUGUCUGUGGUAAAUCAUUCUCUCAUAAUGAUAGCUUAACUAGUCACAAACGCAUUCAUACAGGAGUGAAACCAUAUCACUGUGAUAUCUGUGGUAAAUCAUUCUCUCAUGGAAAUACUUUAACAACUCACAAACGUAUUCACACAGGGGAAAAGCCAUAUCAUUGUGAUAUCUGUGAUAAAUCAUUCUAUGGAAGUAGUACUUUAACUAAACACAAACGCAUCCACACUGGAGAGAAACCAUAUCUCUGCGAUAUCUGUGGCAAAUCAUUCUCUCAAAAAGGUCACUUAAGUCAACAUGUAAGUAUUCAUACAGAACAGUAACUGUAUAGUGUGUACACCAAGUUGAAGUAAAUUAUAACACAGCAAA